AUGUUUGUGGCCUCGUUCAUCUCGCCGUGGGCGCUCCUUCUGCUGCCAGUCCUCUACUUCCUCCUUCCAUAUCUCCGGAACUGGUCUCUCUUGAAGGUUCCUGGCCCCCUGCCGGCCGCUCUCUCAAACCUAUGGUUGAUGUAUCAAUGCCGGCGGGGACGAAGGUACAAGGUUGUCGACGACCUGCACAAGAAAUACGGCAAGGUCGUGCGUAUUCAGCCGAAUCAUGUCUCGAUCGCGGAUGACAGCGCCAUCAACACCAUCUACGGCCAUGGUAAUGGAUUCCUUAAGAGUGAAUACUAUGACGCCUUCGUCUCCAUCCGCCGCGGCCUGUUCAACACCCGCGACAGGGCAGAGCACACUCGCAAGCGCAAAGUCGUCUCUCACACCUUCUCGGCCAAGUCCAUCGGCCAAUUCGAACAGUACAUUCACGCCAACUUGGAGCUGUUCGCGCAAAAGUGGAGAAACCUCGCCAACAACAAGAAGAACCCGCAAACCGGCUACGCGUCCAUUGAUUCCUUGCACUGGUUCAACUACCUCGCCUUCGACAUCAUUGGCGACCUUGCAUUCGGACAGCCCUUCGGCAUGCUGGAGAAAGAGAAGGAUAUUGCCGAGAUCCGUAAGUCCCCGGACGCUCCGCCAACCACUGCCCCGGCAAUUGAAGUCUUGAACCGUCGAGGUGAGGUGUCAGGCACAUUGGGCUGCCUGCCACAAUUGAAACCCUACGCCAAAUAUCUGCCCGACCCCUUCUUUAGCCAAGGCGUUGAGGCCGUGGAGAACCUGGCGGGUAUCGCCAUUGCUCGAGUCAAGCAGCGACUGGAGAACCCCAACACUGACCGAGUGGACCUCCUUGCCCGUCUCAUGGAAGGCAAAGACGCCAACGGCGAAAAACUCGGGCGCGAAGAACUGACCGCCGAGGCCCUCACGCAACUCAUUGCCGGAUCCGAUACCACUUCCAACACCGCCUGCGCCAUCUUGUACUACGUUGUACGCACCCCGGGUGUCCUCGAGAAUUUGCAAAAAGAACUUGAUGCAAACAUUGGCCCGGGCGUCCCCCAGUACGAGCAAGUUAGAGACCUCGAGUACGUGCAAUGGGUGAUCAACGAGACCAUGCGCAUCCACUCCACCUCCUCACUUGGCCUUCCCCGUCUCACUCCCAUGCCGACACCUGACAACCCAAAUCCCAAACCUGUCGAAAUCCUUGGCUACACCUUUCCUCCCGGGACCGCCCUGUCUGUCCCCUCAUACACGAUUCACCACUCCAAGGAAAUUUGGGGCUCUGACGCCGACGACUUCGUCCCCGAGCGCUGGUCUGAAAAGAGACUUACGCCGCGACAAAAGGAGGCCUUCAUCCCAUUCUCUGUUGGCCCCAGGGCCUGUGUCGGCCGAAAUGUCGCCGAAAUGGAACUGAAAUGCAUGGUCGCGACGGUAUUCAGGAACUUCGAGUUCCGAGAUGAGCAUGACGGCCCCCUGCAGACAAGGGAGGGCUUCCUCAGAAAGCCAUUGGGAUAUAAUGUUGGCAUUCGGGUAAGAGCUAAUGCUUGA